AUGACAGACUCGGACAACCGCCGCGCUUCACGCGAACCCAGACUUCCACCCUUGAGCCCGUCUCUGUCCCGCGAAUUGAAUGAUUCCCUCCCGUCGUCGAAUCUGCCACGACAACCGCUCUCGCCGCCCAUGCUUCCUUCAAUUUCAGCUGGCUCAUCAUCAGUGACUUCUCUGCCACCACCUUUUCUUUCUCGGCUUCACUCUUACCAUCACCCCAUUGCAGCAUCAUACGCAUCUAGCAGUAGCAGCAACAACAACAACAACAACAACAACAACAACGACCACAACAGCAACAACAUCAUCAACAGUAGCAGCAACAAUCUCAACAACAACAGUAGCAGCAGCAGCAGCAACAACAACAACAACAACAACAACAACAACAACAACAACAACAACAACAACAGCAGCAAUGCUAGCAGCAGUAGCUGUUUCGAUCACAGCCGGAAACCCGCUGCUUCAUUCUGGAAUGCGCCUCGCUCACCUCCGCUCGAACAAGGACCGUCCGAUGGUGCCGGAUCCUCCUCCUUUUCGCGCAUCCUCCCGCCUCUGUCAAGCUCAGGCUCGAGCAACAGCUUGUUCCAACUGCCUUCCUUAUCUGCAAGUCUGCCAUCCCCAACAUCCUGGCACGGACGUCCCACACAAUACCAAGCUGGUCAAAAUGCGCAAGUCUCGUCCUUUCGAGCUUCGAAAGACGAGCCGCGCAGAUCGGGUCAAGAAGCUAAGCCGCUUUCACUCUCUGCUCAGAUCGGCGACCUAGCUGGCUCCAGCAGACCUCUCAAGACCGAUCAUUCUCCUUCUGGUCUCCAUUCCGCCGCCAUGGACGAUCCGUCUCCAUCCGGGCGCAAGCAAGCAAAGGCGCAUGUGCCCUCGGCGUGCCUCAACUGCAAACGCGCGCAUCUGGCCUGCGACGUCGGCAGACCAUGCCGUCGCUGUGUCAACCUAGGUAAGAGCAGCACUUGCGUCGAUGUACAGCACAAGAAGCGGGGUCGACCUCGUCUCAAGGAUCGUCCUUCAUCUCAAGCAGGCGUCACCACUUUGCAGACGAUCGAAGCCAAGAGCGACAUUUCCGGUUCGCCCGCUUCCGCCUCGUACGCUCGCCAGUCACCCACCUCCGAAUCAGGGGUUUUUCGCUCCCCCUCGCGCAACAACCAGCUCAUGUCGCCGCCGCUGCUCUCCUCGAGCACCGUCAUGCACGUCUCGGGUCGUACGCACGGCUCAGCAGCGCAUCCGCGCAGUGCGUCCAACUCGGUCUCUGCUUCCAGCUACCCUUACUCGCGACCUGACCAUGUCCGCCACCCCAUGGACAUCUCGAGCGCGUACGCAGCAGGUCCCCCCUCGUCCUCAUCCUCAUCCUCAUCCUUUUACCAACAGGACGGCUCACGUGCGCUCGCACCUUCGCAUCAGAUGCCCGGGCGACAUCAUUCGCACUCUGUCUCGUACGAGCAGCAGUUUCAGCCGUAUCAGCAUCAACCAUACAGCCCUUACCAGCAACAUCAGCCUCACGCCAACGGCUCCCACCAUGCCUCGCAGUCUUCUGCUAGCCCGCACAUGACAGGUUCGGCGGCUGACACAUCCGAGGGCGUCAUCUCGGCGGUGGUCACCAUGAUCUGCUCGACCAACCUGCAGUGCGCUCGCAUCUCGGAAGAGUGCACUGCUUUGUUAGGUUACCAGCCAAGCGAGCUCAACGAGCGUUCCUUGUUCGAACUCGUCCACCCCUCCGAGACGGGUCGACUGCAAGAGAUCUGGAGCUCGCUCAUCGAUCCGGUCGGUGUAAUCCCGCAGGCAGUCCCAGCUGCUGCCGAAGUGGUGAUGAGCACGCCAGCAGCUCGUCUCAUGACGCCAGCAGCAGGCACCAUCUUUGUGCAGGAAGACGUGCGUCUCAGGCAGCGCAAUGGCAUGUACGACUUCUACAGCGUCCGACUGCAUUUGGGCGGCGGCUUUGGCGUAGAUCUGUACCGCAGGGAAACGCUCGACCGCGCCUACAUUGUUGCCAGCCUGCUCAAACUGGGCAAUGACGCUGUGCAUCCGGACCCGGCCAUCUUGCGCUCACCCUACUCGCACGAUACCAGCAAAGGUGCUGACUUCCGAACACCGUCUGGGCAACCAGCACCCGCUGCACGGGCAACGAUCGAUACCGAACAGCAUGCACACCAGCGUCAUAGCUCCGGAUCGAUGCAUCAGCGUCCUGCACAUUUAGACAGUAAUGCACGUACAAAUCCAUCACCGCCACAGUCGGCUAUGGCGGCCAUCGACUUUGUGCGCCAGGAGAAUUCACGUGGCGGCAUCAAACGCAGCAGCGCCGAGAUGGAGCAGGACGAAGCAUCAUCGUCUUGUGGUGCAUUCUCUUCUUCUUCUCACAGAGGUGCAUCUCCCGGCACAAACAAGUUGUACAACACUUCCAAGCCUACCGGUUGCUCCUCGCCUCCCGUCGUACGAAGCACGCUUUCAGAUCGACCACGCAACGGCACUUCUACUCGCGACGGCAUUCUGUGCUGA